CUUUUGGCAGCAGGUAUUAGUACAUAUAACAGGAGUGUGGGUAAAUAGGGCAAAAGAAGAAAAAAGGUAAUAAUAACCUCUUCCUUUCUCUUUUUCUUUUAACCUUCUUUUUUCUUGCACCGCCCUUCUGUACAAAAAAGAAAUAUUUGUUCUCUUGCUUCAAUGACCUUCUUUAACAAGAUUAUUGAUAAAGCGAGACACACAUCGCAACAUAGCAACAACAGCAGCAACAGUAACAAUAACAAUAGCAACAACAACAACAACAACACUACUACUGCUACUGCUGCUACUCCUCCGUCUGUAGAGCAACCGUCUACUCCUGCUCCAACUCCUACAAAGGAAUCGCCGAGUUCGUUGCAUAAUUCUUUUUCUUCACUAGCUAAUAACCAAAAACAACAGCAGCACAAAGCAGCAGCAGCACCAUCAUCAUCUUUAAAUGGUCUCGCGACACCACCCGCGAAUAUUUAUAACAAUAGUAGUAACGCUGCUUCUCAUCCAGAAAUGACUCGAUCGACAUCUUCAGAUGAAGCGACUCGGAUGAGUCUUGAUAACCCAGAUUUCAACACGCAGUCGUCGUCGUCCACUACGACGCAUAACCACGGUGACGAGAUGGAAACGUCCCCAUCGUCUUCGCAACAACUACAAAACCAGCAGCAUGAGUCGCAACUACAAUCACAACAACCACAUCAAACAAGUGAGCUUAUGAAUAUUUCGUCUUCGGAAUCGCUACGAGGUAAAAAGAGAAAAAGGGGAGAAAGACCGGCCUCCUUACAGCAGUCGUCCACCAUUACUACUACUGUAGUAGCGAUGAAGCAGAGCAAACCCAAGGAUCAAGAACAACAGCCGAGCCGGCCGCACUUGACGACCCAGUCGGUGUACGACAACCAAGAUGCCAAAAGCACGACAAGUAACACUUCACAGCCGACAAGUAAGGGCGAGCGACACGUCCGAAAUGUGCCCUCGUACACAUCCAUCUACAACGAUAACGCAAUCAUCCAGCAGCGCCAGAAUCGACCCAAGCUCAAACUUGCCGAUUUUCAUAUCUUGCGAACACUCGGAACUGGAUCGUUUGGGCGUGUCCAUCUUGUCCAGUCUCGUGUGAAUGCGCGGUACUAUGCUGUCAAAGUGCUGAAAAAGUCCGAGGUCGUGCGGCUGAAACAAGUGGCUCAUUCGAACAACGAAAAGCAUAUUCUGGAGACGGUGGCGCAUCCGUUUCUGGUAAACAUGUGGGGAACGUUCCAAGACGAUGUGAACCUGUACAUGGUGAUGGACUAUGUGCCGGGGGGUGAGCUGUUCUCGGUGCUUCGUCGUUCACAGCGCUUCCCGGAUCAUGUGGCCAAGUUUUAUGCGGCGGAAGUGAUACUUGCAAUUGAAUACAUGCAUUCCAAAGACGUGAUCUAUCGUGAUCUGAAGCCCGAGAAUCUGUUGCUCGAUGCGCAGGGCCAUAUCCGUAUAACGGACUUUGGCUUUGCUAAAUACGUGCCAGAUAUCACUUGGACGCUGUGUGGCACUCCAGACUACUUGGCGCCGGAGAUCAUCCAGUCGAAAGGCUAUGGCAAGGCUGCCGACUGGUGGAGUUUGGGUGUCCUUAUUUUCGAAAUGUUGGCUGGAUACCCGCCAUUUUAUGACGACGACCAUUUGAAACUGUACGAAAAGAUCUUGCAGGGCAGGAUUCGAUGGCCGCAAUACUUUGAUCCGCACGCCAAAGACUUGCUGAAACGGCUGUUGACGUCGGAUCUGUCCAAGCGGUACGGUAACCUCAAGAACGGGGCAGACGAUAUAAAGAACCAUCGCUGGUUUGAAGGCGUCGAUUUCAAUCGAUUGCUUGCCCGCCAGAUCCGGGCUCCUUACAUACCACAGAUCCGAGGUGAUGGCGACGCCAGCCAUUUCGAUCGAUAUCCCGAAACACAAGAGCAGUAUGGCGUUACUGGCACCACAGACCCGUACCAUAACCUCUUUCCUGAUUUCUAAACAAGAAGAAGCUUUCUUCCUUUUUCCAAAAGACCCCCCUUCAGAAGAUUACCAUUGUUGUUGUUCAUGUUGUCUUCUUUGUGUCCUUCUAUUCCACUUAUUCUCUUCUCUUAUAUCUUUUAAAAAUUUGAACAACAAUGGAAACCCUUUAUCAACAUCCAUCAAGUCACCUAUUUGCAUGUGGCUGCAGUGUUUAUAGCAACAGCAGCGGAGUAAUUUCGUUACCAAAGGAAACCACACAAAAAAAGCUAAUUUGAG